AUGGAGCAACCCUCUGCAACACUGCAACAAAUACACACCCACGACACUGGAUCUUCAGCAAUGGUAAUGAAAGACGGUGAGAAUGGACCGUUGCUUGAAUAUGAAAUUGUUAAUACAGAUUGUAGUACGAAUACUGGUGCUCCGGAGGCAGGUAUAGAAUUCAAAGAUAUUGACAACGUAUUUGAUUUCUACAAACAAUAUGCUUACAGUGUCGGUUUUCCAGCGAAAAAAAGAAAUUCGAGAAAGGAUGAUGAUGGCGUCUUACAUUAUGUUACUUUCACAUGUAGUCGUGAAGGACAAAGAAUGAGUGGCACAAGGGGUACACUAAGGUCGCAACCAACAACUCAGACAGACUGCAAAGCUCAAAUCUUGGCAUCUUUAGAUGAUCAUGGUUAUUGGAGAAUUAACACAGUUUAUCUCGACCAUAAUCACAAAUGUAGUCCAACUAAGUCGAGAUUAUAUCGAUGCCAUAGAGAAUUGAGUGCAACUGUAAAGCGAAGGCUUGAAGUAAAUGACGUGGCCGGAAUUCCAUUGCAUAAAAGCUUCAAUUCUGUUGUAGUUCAAGCGGGUGGAUAUGAGAAUAUGACUUUUGUCGAGAAGGAUUGUCGUAACUAUAUCGAAAAAUUUAGACGGUUAAGCCUGGGAGAGGGGGACGCAGCAGCAAUACAAUCAUAUUUUAUAGAUAUGCAAGCAAGGGAUAAAUAUGAAGUGAAUAAGAUUUCACUCGGGCUCCUUCGACUCGGUCGGCCUCCGUACCUGCAAGAACCCAACGCCGGGAGGGGUCCCGGCGUCGGGCCUCCGACGCUCAAGUCAGAAUCACUCCAAAUCUGA